GCUGGUGCCUAAAGUCCAAGGUCGCGGACCGAGUGACAAACGUCAAUUUCGGAACUUGUUUUGACAAAAUGUUUUCCGUUUAGAAACCCUCCCAAAUUCUCAGAAAAUGGCAUUCAACCCCUUGACAGAAGCCGAGUGCGGGCAGAAAAACCCCCUCGCCCGUUUGACGUCGCACAUCACCCACGAUCACGCUUUCGCGGAGGCCCACGGCCAUGCCUUCCCCAGCAGUUCGGACCAAUUGGUUGAGCAGUUCCUGCAGGAGACCAAGACGAUGCCCCAGAGCUUCCGCAUGGACGAUUUGAUGCGAGAGAUGCACGAAAUCGAGUCGCAACGAUCGGCCGUGCCCCCCAUCCCGGCCUCCACCAUCAAGGACCAGAUUCACGACGAUGCCUGGGCCUUGCAGUACAUAGAAGAUGGGAAAGUCUUUCACGUAACUGAUAACGUAAACAACGAGGCGAUUUGGGCAGAGAUUUCGUCGCAGGAGCAGAGUAAUACGUUCCAGGACGAGUGGGGUGGUGAGUGUUUUCAGGAUGGGGUACCAGGCCCGAGUAGGAUGAACGAGGCGCAGCAGAGCGCCCAAGAACUAGUGGAUGAUGUGGAAGAUCCAAAGUUUGUUUAUUCGAAGUUUAUGAGGUUCAUGCGACAAGUUGGCGAUGGCGACGUUAAUUUGGAAGAUGGGAGGUUGACUGAAGCAGAGGCCGAAUCUUGGAGUAAAGAGUUUCUUCAAAAUAAUAACGAAGCAGAGGUCGAGAAUAUAAGUAAAAAAUGGGGGAAGGAUUACGAAGACGAAUUCAAUUCAAAAUUCUGGGACAACCUACAAGAGGAGCUCAAGCAAACCCUCGACGGCGGAGAAACGAGCGACAGUCCUUGGUUAUCCGAAUUUGAAUCAUAUUACUCAGGUCCCAAAAAAGAUUACACAUUUUCUGAAGAUAACCCCAUGUUCGACGUUCCCGACCCGCUCCAACGAGGCAAAAAGUUACUAGAAGACGGAGACUUGCCUUCGGCUGUCCUGUGUUUCGAGGCAGCCGUCAAACAAGAUCCGGAAAAUAGCGAAGCGUGGCUAUUGCUAGGGAAAACGCAAGCUGAAAAUGAACAGGACAAUAACGCCAUCCCAGCAUUAAAAAAAUGCCUCGAGUUGGAGCCCAACAAUCUGACAGCUAUCAUGGCUUUAGCUGUUUGUUACACAAACGAGAGCUAUUACAGCAAAGCGGGAUAUAUGUUGCUGAAAUGGUUAGCCAAUAAUCCUAAAUAUAGCGAUCUGGUCCCAUCUGAUUUUCAAAUGACUGGGCAAGUUACAAGCUUUUUACAGCCAAAUCAGCAACAAAUGAUCCAAGAUCUGUACAUAAAAGCUGCUUUACGGCAACCUGUGGACAUUGAUUACGAAGUACAGUGUGGCCUAGGUGUUCUAUUUAAUUUAUCAGGGGAAUACGAGAAAGCAGCGGAUUGUUUCCGGUCGGCGUUGUCGGUAAAAUAUGACGAUGCCAAACUAUGGAAUAGAUUAGGAGCGACUUUGGCCAACGGUUCGAAGUCGGAAGAAGCGGUAGAUGCAUAUCACCAUGCCUUAAAUCUAGAACCGGGCUUCAUAAGAGCGCGGUACAACGUGGGGAUUAUUUGUAUUAAUUUAAGAGCCUACAGAGAGGCAGCAGAACACUUCCUCACAGCCCUGAAUCAACAAGCGAGAGGGCGCGACGUAAAGAAUUCACCAGCCAUGUCACAGAUGUCGGACACAAUAUGGUCCACGCUGAGGAUGUGCAUUUCGCUUCUAAAUAGAACGGAUUUGCGAACGGCCGUGGAUAAUCGGGAUUUGGAUACUCUGAAUAAAGCGUUCGAUAUUUCUUGAAAGAAGAAACUAAAUUUUGUAAUUGUUCAAAAUUGGUUAUUUUUGUAUCAUUCAAAAAGAGUAAUUAUAUUGUUGAUUUUU